AUGUACUCCUCUCUUCUGGAUGAGUUUCAACCAAACAAGGGGGUGUAUGGAGGUAUCUUCAGCGCAGAUCGUGCACCAACUGCAGAAGCAAGGCAUUACUCGAGCAUAGCAAUCUGUAUCAGAGAGCUUCUCCCAUGGGGUGCUCAGCGGACACCGGUCUUGGAUCCAUCAAUUUUCAGUCUUUUGACUCCGUACUACGGAAGACUUCAUGGCGAUGCUGGACUUGUCGAGAUGGGUCGCUCGAGUUACGCCACCGCCUUGUCUCAGUAUCAUAGCCGCCUGGACAGAUUUUUCUCCCGCGGGAAACUUGAGGAGCAAGCACAACCACGUUUGAUACGCGCGUCCAUUGCUCUUCAAUACUUUGAGCACCUUGAAAAAGUCGAAGUCUUUGAUGCUGGACAUCAAGCUCAUGUUGAUGGCGCUCUACAGCUCUUGCAGAUGAGUGGGCCUGACUUGCUCCGAGGCUCACGAGCUUUUCGUCUCACCAUCAGCAGCCUGAAGCCGGUUGCUACACACUUGGCUAUAUACCGUCGUCAGUCUAGUUUUUUGUCCGAGGAUCAAUGGCGUGAGCAAAUCCCAGACGGUGAGGAGAAGACAGCACGCGAACAGCUGUUCGACAUAGGUCUGGAAAUUCCUGCACUCCUCGGUACUGCAGACAGUCACAUGUCAGCACGACAAGAGGGCGUUCUCGAGCCGGCCCAAUUCGUUGACUCAACCCUUCACUUGCUGCUGGAUUUCGGGAUCCUAUGGAGUCGACUGGAGACCUGGCUUCACGGCCUGAUGGCCAAUGCUCGUGGUCCGCUCUACUGGCCACGAAGUCAGCCGCGUGUUGCAACCAUGCCGACAACAGAUGGGGAGUGUUCUCCAAGAGAUCGGGAUAACAACUAUCAGCUUUCGUUCGCUUACGGCCCAUAUGCUGGUCUCUUGGUUCAAUACUGGACUUUCCAGCUCGAGCUGUUGAUGAAAAUUAUCGAUCUCCGUCAAGCGAUUCUCGCUCGUUCCGGCUCACCCUAUGUGCGGAAAAUGACAUUUGACACCCUGACUGAGAACAAGAGCCUGGCGGAUGAGAUUUCAAGGCUAAUCUUCGAAGCUCAGAUCUACCUGGAAUGCUGUCUGGAAGGUUUCAUCUGCAUGCAACUCCCUCUGAGGACGAUCACCAAGUACUUUGAUCGACCGAACGUCUAA